AUUGCUCGCGUGAGUAUAUACGUUUUUCGCGCACUCCUGUCUUCUCUAUUCUAGAAGAGAAGUAGCAAAAUCGAAUAUCAGUGCCAGUUUUAUCAAAUCUAGUGAGAUAACUAAAAGUCAAUCUUAGUCGUUAGCGAUAAUACAGCAGUUAUUUUUGAUCCGGAUGGAUUUUUUGUGUUUCGACGAUUUACUGGAAAAAAAAGAAAGAAAGCCGCAUAAUAUAUAAUAACUUCACUUUCUUUUGCGUUUAUUUCAUUUUGCUCCGAAAAAUGCAUAUUAUAUUGCGUGCGUCAAUAAUUUGAUGAUAUUGACAUAAAUCUUGUGGUUUUAUAUUUUAUGACGUUUAGAUAUACGCCCCCUUUUUAAGAUAAUAGAUCAAUUGAAUUAUUAAUUAAUAAUUAAUUAAAAAAUUACUAAUUAUUAAUUAAAGGUUAGCAGAGAAAAUUAGCAAUAUAAAAUAAUAGAAUAUUUUAUUGCAACAAUAUAUAACAGUCCGCGAUAUCAUUGUGGUUGCUGGACAUAUCUGACAAGGCUGACUAAAGAAAAACCAAGCCGUAAUUUAAAUUAGUAAAUUCGACGCAUCAACAAAUGAUGUAUAAAUCCGCGUUUUGGUGUGGCACGUUUUUGCUCGUCGUUUCAUCCUCAGAACUUCGACAAAAUUCUACAAGAUAUGAAUUUUAUACGAACUCUACAAGAAAUCAUGGAGAUAAAGAGAAAUUGUUGCAACGUAAUUUGCACGAAAAUUCCACUAAGGAUAACGACAAUAUGCAAUAUAAAUUCCAUACUAACUCGACUAACUACCGCGAAGAUGACAAUUCGACGCGAUAUGAAUUUCGCUCGCAUUCCAUAAAGGAUCAUAAGGAAAGAAAUCAAAUGCUGACGGAGCUUGGCGUGAACUCUACUAAGAUCGACGACAAGAAUAACCCCAUGUCAAUUCAUGGAAACUUUACGCGAACCAAAAUCAAGAACAACUUUACGUCGUAUGAAUUUCGUGGAAACUUCACACAAAUCGAAAAUCAAGACAACUUGACAUUAUAUGAAUUCCAUGAAAAAUCCAACAGAAAUGAUACGAAAAACAAUAUUUUUCCAUAUGAAAUUUGCGAUAAUAUUACUUGCAUUCCACUCUGUUGCCCCCUUGGUGAUCGUUUGAUUGAAGAGAAAUGCAUCGCUGGAAAAGGUAAUUAUCCUUUUCCAGAUGUAUAUAGUUACGUAAGGAGCGAUUCGCUACGGAGAGAAGAUAAAAAGUUGGAUGCAUUAUUUGAACUGGUCGUCUACGAUCCAUGUCAGCAGACUGAACGUUUUGUGCUUAAUCCCGACGAUUCCGAGUAUCCAAACGAUGAAUAUAUAUUUCUCACCAAUGGCUCUUUAUAUCAACCGUAUUACAAGGAUUUCGUUCCAGCGACAUCCUAUUGCCUCGCCGUCGUAGAUCGGGACAAGUUUGAGGUGACUAUCUGUUUUGGGAACCAGACAUCUGAUAACGAGAUACCUGAUGUAAAUCAUUCACUCGGUAUACCCGUGGGUCUUAUAAUAUCCCUGCCGUUUCUACUGGUUACGUUCGUGGUAUACUCUAUACUGCCAGAACUUAUGAACAUGCAUGGUUACACGCUCCGCGGAUACGUUGGAUCGUUGUUCAUCGCGUACACAGUCCUCGUGGUGCUUCAGCUAACCAAAUCAGAUGCUAUAGCGUAUUCCGUCUGCAUUAUACUGGCCUUCGUCAUACAAUUCUCAUUUUUGGCGAGUUUCUUCUGGUUAAAUGUAAUGUGUUUCGACAUUUGGUGGACAUUUGGAGGAUUCCGCUCGUUACAAGGAAGCGUGAAACAACGAGAGAAAAAGAAGUUUAUAAUAUAUUCGAUCUAUGCAUGGGGAAGCGCCUCCAUCUUCACUAUUGUCUGUGCCAUCAUGGAUUUCGUUCCCAACGUGCCAGAAAGCUUCAUCCGACCGGAAUUCGGCGCCGAGAGAUGUUGGUUCCGUACGAACGAUGCGAAAGCGUUAUACUUUUACGGACCCAUGGGUAUCACUGUUUUCUGCAAUAUUUGCUUAUUCAUCUCGACAGCAUUAAAGAUCGUGCGCCAUAAGAAAGACACAGCCCUUCAUCUGAGAAGUUCGGAGAGCCGGCGUCAUGAUGACAAUAAACAAUGGUUCAAUCUGUAUUUGAAGCUGUUUAUCGUGAUGGGCAUAAAUUGGUCUAUGGAAAUAGUGUCAUGGCUGUUUGAUAAGAGUGUGCCGACGUACAUCUGGUAUCUCACCGAUUUGACAAAUGCCCUGCAAGAAGCUCGACCCGCAGUGGUUGCCACAGCUUGUCAGCUUCACGUACUUGCACCACUACAUCAGGGAUAAUACCCCUGCAGGAAAAGAUCAGUCCUUUCGUACAAGCGAACUGUCGUGCAAAAAAUUCAUCUGAUAAAGCCGACCCUUAAUGCUAUAACGCGCCAAAAAAAAAAAAUUAUCAUAGAUCAGGGAUUAAUAAUUAAUUUAGCAGUUUGCCUGUACCAUAAAUUACCUACAUAGCGCAGAACAUUACAACAAUAUUGCAACAACAAUAUUGCUACAUUGCCAACAUUGCAAUAUCACUACAAUGUUCUGUGUUCUGUAGGUAAUUCUCUAACCGAAGAUUAAUUUUACUUUAUUGUUAUGCAUUAAUCUCUUUAUUUAGAACACGGAAAUGGUACAAUCACAAAUUUUCACAUAAUAAUGCUUGUCUUCUUCUUUUCGUUAAUUUUUUUAGUAAAACUACAUAAAAGGUAACACACCUUUAAUAUUUUAUUGCUACUUAAGCAUUGUCUACAAUACGUGGAGUAAGUCUGACGUAAGGAGUAAGAGUAGGCGUAAGACGGCUAUUUCCGGUUUAAGAGGGCUGAAGUAAGGGCAUAAGCGAAAUAAAUUAUUUUUAUUUCUUACUCCUACUCUUUCUCCUAUUGUAGACGGGCCUUUAAAUAUGUUGUAGGAGAGAUUCUUCAGGGUAACUUUUGGAGGACGGCAGUGAUUUAGGAGGCUCCGCCCCUCCCCCUGUAUCCCUCGAAAAAAAUCUAACCUAACCAAACCUAUUUUCAGGAUAAAUCUUCAAUAUAGGUAUGACCUCAUAAUUUUUGGAACUCACAUAUUUUAUAUAUUUUGAGGCAUAGAAAAACGAAUUGGAAAGCAGAAAUAUAAAUUUUAAUUUUAAAUCAGAAAUAGGUUUGGGUUAGAUUAUAUCUUCCGGAAGCGAAAGCCUCCCCUUAAGAAAGCGGAGUCCAUUAUAUUCAUUAUAUUUUACAACGCGAAGCGAGGUUCUUCCCACAAUUGUUGGAUAGGAAAGUGUAUGCGUGGACGCAGUGAGUUUCGUCCCCCUUCCUCUUCUUUACAUGGUUCUACUUUUGAAAGAUAUAACCUAACCCAAAUCAAAUUUUAGUUUUAAAUCAGAAAUAAGAAAGACUUUGCUCUUAUAAACAAACACUUUUUCCACGUCCGCUCUACACAAAUACAACAUAAACAAACUUCAUUUUUCCUUAUUUUAUAAUAGAAAAAACAUUAAAACUGUAAAAUUUUUAUCUGUUAUAUCUUCUGAACCAAUACUGUCCCCUACAAAUUUCUUGCUUAUUUAGAAGAAAUACCUCCUCUACAACAUAUUUAAGUGGCAAUAAAAUCGAAGGUGUAUGUUAUGCAAAUUUACCAUUGUUUUUAUUUUAAAGAUAUAUUUUAAAUCUUUCUUUCAUUCUUUUUUUACAAUUCAUAAAAUAUUAUUUUUUUUUAAUUCUUUCAUAUUAUCAACAUAUCAUGACAUUAUAAUCAAUUUUUAUUAUUUAUAAUAUUUUUUAAAGUUUAAAAAAUUUAUAUAAUAUUAUCACAAAAAAAUUUAUAUAAAAUUAUCAUAAACUAUUAUUACAUUCAUAAAUUAUUAUUAUACGCACUUCUUAUAAUAUUAAUGUGAUCAUAUAUAUUUUUAUAUUAUCGUCAAAUUAUUCAAUUUCAUUUUUUACUUAUAUAAUAUAGUUUCAUGAUUUUUAAUUUCAUCUUACGAUAAAUUUCUGACUGAUUUAUUGUUGCAUCUAUGUCAAAUAAAUGACUUUUUUUAAAUUUUCUAUUCCAAAUAUUCAGCUGCAUAUUAUAUAAAAAUAUUUAUAUUGAAAGAAAAAUAUAUUUCUGAGACAACGAAUAAAAACAAAUUAGAUGAAGAAAGAAUCGAAUAUAUCUCUUGAAAUAUAUACAUAUUUCUUGAAAUUACUUGAAUAUAUUAUAUGAUCGAUAUUUCCAACAUAUCUAUAAGUGUGACUAUUUAAAAUUAUCUUAUCAUAAACGUAUCCUAUUGCGUCUCAAAGAUAAUAUUUUUUUUGUUCAAUAGUAUCUUUAUUUCGAUAUUUUAUAUACUUGGCGAUGGAAAUAUCUCAACAUUUAAAAUAAUGCAAUCGAACUCAUACAAUAUAUAGAUAUUCAUAUUAUGCUUCAUGAAUUGUGUUUGACAGUAAAAUGUGUAUAAGCACAGUAUAUACCAAAAAUACGAAUAUAUAUCGCUAAAACUAAUUCAAGAGAAAUAUUUACAUAUGUCUUUCUAUAGUAAUAAGAAAACUUAGCUUAUGUUCUAUAGAGACAAAUAUAUGUGCUCUCUCUCUCUCCCUUCCUUUCCUCCUCCCUCUCCUCCCUCUUUUCCUUUCUUCCUCUCUUUCUCUCUGUUUUAAAAAUAUGAAAAAUGUAACGUAAAUAUACAACAUUUAUAGUAGUACUUUUUUAACCAAAGAUCACGAUGAACAAAUAUCUAUAUAUGAUGUAUAAAUCUUGAGUAUGUAAAAAUAUAUGCAACAUUUUAUAAUAUUUCAAAUGCAUAUUUAUGGUAUUAAAUGUAUAAUAAAUUAUUCUUAAAAAUAAAAGCGCCAGAUCAUAUAUAAUAUAAUUACAGGAUGUCCCAUUUUAAUCGCCUCAAGCAAAUAUUUCAAAAAAUAUGAAAGGUACGAAAAAACGUUUCAAACAAAAAAUUGUAGGAUAUCAAGGGAAACAAAUGAUGCUGACAUUUGUUUGACUUGCAAUUGCACCUUGAAAAUCCCUGCCAAGGUCAAUUUUAAAUUUUUUAAUAGGAACCUGUACUUUUUAUUGCAUAUUUUUGUACCUUAUCUUAAGAGCUUUUCGAAACACUGUAAUAAAGUUUCUUUCCAACAGCAUUUUCCGAAUUAUGAGGUUUGAAAAGUACUUUAGAAUUAAUAUUACUUGAAAGUGAUUGUUACAUAACAUUAACAAUGCUAUUUCAAGUCACAUUAACAUUGCUACUUAAUGCGCCGCUAAGACCGUACUAUUAUAUUUGUAUUUGAAACAUUUUCCUCAAAUCUCAAAAAUAGCAUUUUUGAGAAAAUGUUUCAAAUAAAAGUUGUAGGGUCUUAAGCAAUGAUACAAUUUUUGUCUAAAAUGUUUUUCCGUAUCUUCCAUAUUUCUCGAGAAAUUUGCCCGAGACAAUUAAAAUAGAACACCUUGUAUAUAUCAAUUUAAUUCAAAAAUAACAAUAGUACUUAUGUUAGUACGCGCGUAAUAUAAGAAUAUAAGAAUAUAAAAUUACUCGCUCUUCUCUCUCUCUCUCCCUCUCUCCCCGUUCCCUCCCCCCCUCUCGCCCCUUUCUCCUUUCCCCUUUUUCUCCCCCACCCCUUCCUCUAUAUUUAUUAUUAUCCUUAAUAAAAUAAUAAAAGCAUGUAGUGUGUAUGUUAUGUAUUGUGACAAUUGUGACAUACAGGGUGAUUCAGAACAUCCUGAUGUCCUUGAAAUGACAUAUUUUUGAGCGAAUCCUAAGACAAUUUUUCCUUUUAAAAUUUUGUACGAAGUUUGGUUUUCGAGUUUAUAAUUGAAAAUCAUCCUAUAUUAUGUAUAUUGACUGCCAUAUGCCAUAAAUUUAUUUACAUAAAUUUUGCUUUAAUAUAUAUACAAAUAAUGUAUUAUUGUAUACUUAAUAACAUUAUUUUGAUAAAAAUACUAUGAACAAUUAUAUUAAAAUUUACCUUCAAUUUUAUUAGAUUUUUUUUUAAAUUUAGCUUCAAUUUUUUUAGAUAACUCUAAUGUAUAUCUUUUAUAUCCGCUUUUUUCUGUAUUAAUAGUUGUUUUAUAUUUUUCUUAUAUGUUUCAUGUUAUUAAAUCUCUCUCAACUAAAAAAUACAUAUAAUAAAUGUAUUUUUGAAUAUAAAUAUUUAUAUAGAUAAAAUAAUUUCUAUAUCUUUUUUCGUUGCAAUAAUAUUUAUUAUUAAAUAUUCAAUAUGAAUGUCAAUCUGUAUAUUAAAUAAGACGUAUCUUAUAUCAUAUAUCUUGGAAAUCUUUAUGCUGAACUUUAUAUAACAUAUUUAUAUUUAAUUAAAAUAUUAUUUACACAUAUAUUAAAAUAAACAAAAUAAAAUUAAUUUAUUUAUAUUAAAUUGCACAUAAAAUUUUCUGACAUUUUACUCAUCUACUACAACAAAAAUAUAUAAUGUACUUUAUUACAAAAACUAUAUAAAACGUAUGUGUUUUUACUUCUGUCCAUUUCAUAAAGUACUUUUAUGAUUAUAUAAAUUAUAAAUAAUAUUUAAUAUAUAAAUAAAUAAUAUUUAAUAUAUAAAUAAUUAUUUAAUAUAUAAUAUACCUAUAUAUUAAUAUCUGGAUAAAUAUGCAUAAUAGGUCAUCUCACGAUUUUAUUGCUACUUAUUGUUAGAUAUUUGAUAGAAGACGUCGUGUGUGUAUGUGUAUGUGUGUGUGUGCGCGUGCGUGCGUGCGUGUGUGUGUGUGUGUUCUGAGUAAUUCCCCACAAAAAUUAAGUAGAGGAUGACAUUGCUUUAGAAGAUAUUAAGACUAAAUUAAAAUUUGAUAAUUAUAAUGCUUCUCUUUAGGUAUUAUGAAUUGAUAUUAGUAAAAUUUGUGUGUACGCUAAUUAAUCUAUUUAUCUUCAUCUUCUAAGUAGAAAAAAUUUUUUAUAUUAUUUAAAGGAUAGCUACAUGGACAUAGAUAUUUUGUCAACAAUCAGUUUCACAUAUUUCUCGCAAUUUGUUAACAAUUUUUUACAUAACAAUACAAUUUUUCAUAUAACAAUACAAAUUUUUAAGCGUUGAAGAACAAUGAUUUAACAGAUUUUCUUGCUGAUCAAAAAGUUAUGGACACAAUAUAUAUGUUCACAGUGUGGAAAAUAAUAUUUAUCAAAUGCGGAGCUUUUCCUCUGUCUACGUGUGAAAAUCAUAAACAUCAGAAACUUUUUCAGUCAAUCACUAACAGAUUAUUAUGGCGUACACACACUUUACUAUCAAAUUUUAAUUUGUCAUAUUUUCUAAAACGCGCGCGUGCGCAAUAUCUACAUAUUUAAUACAUUUAUAAAAUAAAAGCAAAGUAUUAAAAAUAGACUUUUACAAAAUUACAAUGCAAGGAAUAAUAAAAACAGGAUUCACAAUCGCGCUGCAGUUAAAUACAUAUAUGUAUAUGAAAUACAUAAUGUUUAUUUAAGGCUUUUUAAUCUGUAUAUUUACAUAUAUCAUUAUUACAUGUAUUUGUAAUCGUCUAUGUAUACGAUUAGAUGAGGAACCAAAAAAAAAAAAAUAAAAAUUAUUAUAACAUUCUUACAUACUGCUUAUAUUUCACUACUAUAUGUAUUUCAUCAAAAGAUUUUCAAAGAUUAAUUAUAUUUUGUUAUUUAGCGUUUUUAGAUUUUCUAAUCUAACAGAACUACUGAAUCAUUUGAAGUUUGUCUGGCAAAUGGAUUUUAUAAUAUAAGCUAUGUAUUAUACUAGCUAUAGACUGCUAACAGUGAUUAAAGUGAGUUAAUGGCUAAAGAUGAUGUUAAAGAAUAUGUAGGUUGAAGAUAAAAUGUUCACAUUACAAAUUCUAUCAUAUUUUUAUUUAGAAUCCAAUUUUAUCUUUUAUCGUAUUUUCAAUUAGAUUGUUGAUAUUUAUCUUUGAACAUAAAGCUGCAAUAUUUCAUAUAAAAGUUUUUAAUUUAUAAAUAUUUGAUGUGUGUUUAAGAAUACAUGAGAAUAUAGUUUCUAGUCAAAAAUUAUAUUUUUCUUGAUAAAAAAUUUA